CCCACCCCACCCUCCCCGCUUCCUCAAUCGAACAAGAGUAGAAGACAAUGCCCGCGGCAUUGGCCUUCGGUGUGGCGGGAUGAACUGGGUCGAGCGCGAGGUCCCUCCUCUACCCGUGUCGCCCUCGGCCUCCACGCGGUCGAUUAACAAUGGGAGCAAUACCUCUGCUGCUUCCUUCUGCCGUUUCUUCGCCGUUUCCGGGUCCUCCUUCGGGUACCUUUUGUCGUCGCACUUUCUAUGACUGUGCUGCUAUUACCUCCUAAUUUUAAUAACUGACCUAGGCACUUAGGGUUUCCCCUCCUCCCAACUGCGUUGCUAUGUUCGCUUUGCUUUCUCUAUAAGGGUCGAGCGAGAUUGGAAGCUUGUCAACAUUGUAGGCAAGCAUGCGUUUCUUUUCCAGCUAAUUAAUUACGAUGGCAUGCUACUCUAGCUUAUUUCUUCUUCUAAAUUAUUUCCCUGUUGGCUGGUCGAAGUUUUUCUGGAAGGUGUGUGCUGACUAGAUCAACAACUAAGUAAGCAAUCUGGUUGUUUCAUAUCAGUUCACUACAGAUAUAUGUUACACCAUCUUUUUCUGAAAGCAAGCCUUUGCAUAGUUAUUUAACGGCUUGUUUGGUUUGGCGACUGACCCCAUCCAAGAUCAGUCGUGCGUCACGGGAUUGUUCUUCUUAGGAUCGAAUCGCUGCGGAUGGGGUCGUUUGGAAGCACUUCGUCGCCGAUUCACGACUGUGGCAUGGACAACUCGGUGACAGGCGGGUCGGCCAUGCCAUAGCGUGAUUAGGAUCGGAUGGUUUCGGAUGACACCAUGCUGCAAACCAAAUACUCUGUUAGAGUAAUGCAGGCCAUAUUUUACACAAGCCUUUUGUCCCAAGCAAGUUUAAUUUGGGUAGGCUAAAGAUGAUUACUGAGAGGAGCUAAAAUGUGGAUAUAAUAUGUAUGGAAACGUAAAAUAGUAUUUGUAUUUAUGAAAGGAAAUAUGGCUGAGUGGUGGGAAGCCUCAGCCGUGUCUCAACCUAAGGAGUCCCGGCGUUCAUUCAAUGGAAUGAUCAUCUAUACUUAAUGGAACAUUUGGAAGGGGCAGAACCACAAAAUCUUUGAACAAACUAUCUUGUUGGCGUUGGAGGUUGCCUCAAGAACAAAAGAAGACAUUUUGCAAAAAGCAUGUGUAAUGUUGAUGUCCUGAUCCUGUUUGGUCGCUCAUUUGCCCCAUUGUGCCUUGUUGUAUUGCCUACACAUGUGUUUCUUGUGUUGAGCUAUCCUAUUUUUUGAGGCUGUGGGAGGGUGCCAUGCCAUAGUAUUUUGCCCUAGGUUAUUGUUCUGAUUAACUCUUUUUUCUACCUAAAAUGAAAGGCAGAGCUCCUGCCAAUUUGCUUAAAAAAUUAUAGUAGACAAUAAUAGUAAAUUAAAUAUCAAUUUCAUAGGUCAUGGUUCUGGCACAUGGGUUGCUACUUUUUAUUUUCUUUUUUUUUUUGCUAACAUCAUUUAUCUUUACUCCCAUGUUAGAUUUGGCUGACCUCUCAGUUCCUUGGAGCACAUUCAAUACUUUCUCUGAGUUUUGUAUUUGAUGAAAUGGUAUUCACAUCUGCUCUUUGUUUAGACAAAACUGUAGAUAGGAUAUUGAAAGAGAACUAUGUAUCUACAUUUUGAUUUAUUUGCAUUCCUUUGCUAAGUGAUGUAUGGUAGGUAAAAAAUAUCUUCCUAGCUUCCUUUUUUGUUCACUACCAUCGCCACAUAGUUGUCAUCCCAUAAUCUGAAGUCAAGGUUAAAUAUGGCGCUAAAUUUUCAUGUGGGUCAUAUAUUUGACUUCCACUGCAUAUAUAUUAUUUCCAUAUAUUGUUGGGUUUUUCUGAAGAAAAUUGUGUGGUUGCCUGGGGGUUUUGAGUUGAAAAAACUUGUUCCAAUUUCUCGGUUGGCGGUGGCGGCAUCUGCGGAUGCCGUAUCCUCCUUGGAAGCAACCGCAUGGACAGCCCCUCCCUCUUAGUGGUUGUUUCAAUGUGCAGGGUGUCUCUUGGUUGCUGGAGCCGUGGUGGUCUCGUUGGUGGUUUUUUUGUUGUGGUGGUCGUUUGGUCGCUUCGUCGUGUGGCAGUGUGGGUCGGUGGUUGUGGUUUCUCUGUAUUUCUUCUCUACUAAUACAUAGAUGGGCAGUUAACCUUUCAGGUUCCCUUAAAAAAAUAUGUAUGAAAAAGUAAAAUAGUAUUUGUGUUUCAAGUAGGAAAUAUCAAUUUCAUAGUUCAUGGUUUGGCACAUGGAUUGCUACUUUCCAUGUGCUUUUUUGCUAACAUCAAUUAUAUUUGGAUACGUUCUAUUCUUUUUAAGUCGCUUUUUAUUGAUUCCCCCCAUGUCAGUUUUUUACUGAUAUUGCUAUCUGAAUUCCUUGGAUUCAUAGUCAAUACCAUCUGAAUUUUGUAUUUGAUGAAAAUGAAAUGAUAUUCAUAUCUUCUCUUGUUUAGGCAAAAGUGUGGAUAGUAUAGAAAUAGCAGGAUGCAUCCGGGUUUUGAUUCGUCUGCAUUUCUUUUGUUAACUGAUGUGUGGUAUGUGAAAAAUAUGUUUCUAGAUUCCCUUACGUUUACUUCCAUUGACAUGUCAAUCCAUAAUCUGAAGUCAAGGGUAAAUGUAGCGCUAUGUUUCCAUGUGGGGUCAUAUAUUUAACUUCUACAUGGACCUAUGUUAUGUACAUACUAUUUCCAUAUAUUUUUGGGCUUUUCUGCAAAAUAUUGUGUCACUUCCCAUGGAUUUAUAUGCAAGGGAAAUAUUAUUCCAAAGGAAAGUUCCUCAUCUAGCCUCCUCGCCGUGACAUACCGCCUUCGAUACCAUCGAAGAAAAGAGGGACGGAAUCGAGGAGAUCGAAGCGCUCCUUUGAGCCUGAUCCGAAGAAGGUUUUGGAUUUGAUAUUUGACCAGUGUAGCUUUAUCCCUUCUAGCCUGUUUGCAGUACUUGGCACCAACUUCAUCUUGGCUUAUCACCCAGCACUUUUGCAGCCCUCAUACAACCUACUUCAUUGUGUACGGUCCUUCCUGUUUCUCAUGGGUACCUCCAAAUGUCACCUGCUUAUGAGGGCCCUUAUCUUGACUAUCAUGGCCAUAUCAGUUGUCAUGAGUGCUGCAUUCAUUGUGGCAUUGGUAAUUAAGGACUGCGGGUUUUCUGAGUUCAUGAGAAUCCCUAACACAUUUCUUGUGCUGGUUGUUCUACUGUCCUUUGACUUUGCAAUCUAUUUGGCAUUCAAACAAUCGUGGCCUGUAAGAACUUCGGUGGAUGAGAAAAUAUACUCACAGGUCUUGUUGGAAAAUGGUCAUGAUUACAGAGUUGGCAACAAAAAGAACGCCUUUACUGAUACAACAGAAACUGAUGAUCAUGUACUUGGAGAAUUAGAGGACACCAUCAAGGCUCCAGGGACUGGGCUUGACCCAGUUUUAGGAUCUGCAUGUGAAACUACUUUACGAGAGCAAGUCAUGGUCUUUGAUGAGGAGGAUGAAACAUUUGAUGUUGAAGAGAUAUCCUUGUCCAAGCUAUCCCAAGAUCAUUUGGGCCAAACCAUUGGUAAAGAAAUUCCCAUUUCUAAGGACUUAUGUGUUGAGCCUACUGAUUCAGUUUCAUGCCACAAUUCAUUUUUCCUCUCUGAGAAUGAAGCUAAUGCAAGGAAUCUGAUUCCUCCCUGUGGACAAGCUUUAACUUCUAAGAUCCAUUCAACUAAGGAUAUGCUUGACAUGAUAGAUUAUCUUGCUGUUGAAGGUUUUGCUAAUGGAGAAAUUGUAAGGAAUGCUGUUUCUGCUGCCUUAAGUCAACAAGUUGCUGAAUUGAUAUCCGCAAAACGUAAUGAGAAAAAUGAAACCUUGAAAUUCUAUAAUGAAUAUGCUUGUAGCAUGAAUUAUGGACAAGUUCAAGAGUCUUUUUCUGAACAUGACCGGUUUACUGACAUUCUUGAUGACUUCUGGGGGAAUUUGUUUGACCUGCAUGGUAAAUUGACAGACAAAGGAAAGAUCAUAAGGUUGGACCUUCUUAUUGGGCUUGAUGUUGAGGAGAAGAUAAAAAACUGCCCAUGCUGUUUUGAUGGAACAUCUGGAGGACUAUGUGAUCGUUUCGAUCUUGUAAAUUUAAGUGCCAUGAAGACACCAUCUUUGUUUAGAAUCAAUAAUAGCAUGUGCCCUGAACAGGGAAAUUGCACAUUGCCUGCUGUUGUGGAGCUCAGAAGGUGCAUCAUGGACUCAUUCCUCCAGGAAGAUCAUACUCUAUUGAAGGAUGAUGAAGUAUCAUAUUUUGUUAUGGAAAAUGAUCAAGUACAAUAUGAAGUUCCCAUAUACGAAAAGUUUUACAGGGUUGCUAAAUCCAUUGGCAUGAAAAGCAACUGUACAUCUGACUGGGCCCCUUGUCCAUUGGAGGAGCUGAACACAAUGACAGUUUUGGUUCAAAAAUGUCCAUCACAGCAAGUAGCUCAACACGCUUCCAAGACAAAUGUUUAUUUCUCCUACAAUGAAUUGAAAGGGCUACUCUUGAAUUCUUUUCGGGGUUGUAUUUUGAAUAUAUCGGAGCUUGGGAAAUCUGAUUGGCUGUUCCAGUACAGAGACGGGUAUGAUGAGAAGCUUAUUGGCUUGGCUGCUGAAAUGGUGAUAUUUAGAGAUAUAUACCCAAACGGUUUAUUCAGUCCAAAUGUAGUAGUUGAUUCUGAUGGUAAAAUGUUCAAUGUUUGCACCUCGGUCCUGGGUUGUGGAGAUGCAUGUAUGUGGUUACCUAGUCUCGUUAUUAGCUUUGGUGUUUGGUGCAUUUCUCGAAUAUUGGAAAUUAUGCUUUCGGAGAAGCAACCUGUGAUGCGAGGGGAGUAUAGUAUGGUUCUUAAUCGCCUUCAGGGUAUUCUGGAUCCAGCAUUCCUGAAGCCUGUUCAACCUGUUCCCAUAUGCCCAUGCACUGACACUGUCCCAUCUGUGAGGGUGCCCGAUGCAAGCCAACGCACCAGUGCAGAAGCUGUGCUGAAGAAGCUGAUGGAAGUUGAGGCCUUCAUCUUUGGUCCAAAGUGCUAUGGAAUGUAUUGCCGUGAGAAGGAAAAGGAAGACCUGAAGAUGGUGCUGAACCGCUACAAGCUCUGGUUCUCCAAGGUGACGUCUCAGGAGUAGAUCUCCUUUCCAUAGUAUUUUAAUAAUAAUGAAUAAAAGCUGGACUCUGUGGCUGUGAACUGUGAUGACAGAUUUAUGUUUUCCUCUAUCAUCUAGUACCUGUAAUGGGUGCAACUUGGACAAAAGCUAUGUUGAUGCCAACUGUGGCAUCGGUGGUUGUGAACCGAAGCUUGUAAUAAUUUGACAAUGCCUGGAGCUUUCUGUUUAAAUGCUUGUGCUUCC